UCGUUGUGUUGGGAUGUUUUUGGCUGCCUGGUCCAGCCACGGGAACACUGGGGCUUUAAGUGGCUCCUGGAACCCUCCGGGCACCCAGUUAAUAAACACCCACGUCAGCAGUGAGCGCAGGCUCGUGCGCCGGGCUACGGUCUUUAGGGCUGAGCAGGAAGUGGACGUGAAAGACAAAAACAUGGAUGUGGCGACAGACGCGGGGCUGAGCAGGCAGUACCGGGCGCCGGGCGAAUCCAGCCAUCAGCAGCCUCAGAGAUGGUUCAACACGGCUGACAUCACAGUGGCUCAUCAGAACAACCUCCUGAAGCAGCUGAACCAGCAGCGCCACCAGGAGCUCUUCUGCGACUGCAGCGUUCUGGUGGAGGGCCAACUCUUUCGGGCCCACCGCAAUGUCUUGUUCGCCAGCAGCGGCUACUUCCGCAUGCUUUUAUCGCAGACCUCCGAGGAUCUGUCGGAGUCUGUCAAUGCCACCUUCGACGUCUUCACCCCCGAGACCUUCACUGUCAUCCUGGACUUCAUCUACUCGGGUCAACUGGAUCUGUCCAGCCACAACGUGAUCGAGGUGAUGUCUGCGGCCAGCUAUCUGCAGAUGAACAAUGUCAUCAGCUACUGCAAGAACUUCAUCAAGUCUUCUCUGGACAUCAGUAUGAAGGAUGAGGAGAGUGACCGGGGCCUCAGUCUGUCUGAGACCUGUAGCUUCACCAGUGGAGCAGGAGAGGACGCCAGCGAGCAGCAGCCGCAGGGACCCUGCUCUGUGAGUCCACCUCCAGCUCUGUGGACUCGGGACAACUCCAGAUCUCAGUCUGGAUUCAUGAGCAAAGACUUGGAGCAGGAUGUUGCAGUACCAGCCAUUAAGACUGACCCAAGCAGCCCAGCUAAUGAUUUCAACCCAGAGACAGAAGACCCUCAAGACCCCCUUUAUACAUUACCUGGGACAGAACGAAAGCGAGGAAAGGGGGCGCACAAGAGGAAAGCACCCAACUGUUCUCGCCCCAACCAGAAUGAUGAGAUGGAUGUUCAGGAGGCGAGGAACCAGAAGGCUGAAAAGGCAGAGGAACUUUACGCCACUCUUCCACCCAUCGUAGGUGUGGUCGGCCAGUACAACAAAGAGCGACCCUUGAUGAGAUUUAAAUGUCCGUUCUGCACUCACACGGUGAAGAGGAAAGCUGACCUGAAGCGACAUCUGCGCUGUCACACUGGUGAGAGGCCGUACCCCUGCCAGGCCUGCAACAAGCGCUUCACUCGCCUGGAGCACCUUCGGAGCCACUUUGAAACGAUCCAUCAGGCCAGGAAGCUGGUGUGCAGGAAGUGCAAGUGUCAGGUGACUGAAGAAACGGGUCAUGUGGUUUGUGAAGGCACGCGUCGCUAUCGCAUGUGCACCACGUGCAUACAGGAAGUGGGCUGCGACAACAUUGGCCUGGAGGGAGGCAACGAUGAGCCAGCACUGUUACUGGGCGUGGAUGGCGAGGAAGAAGAGGACAGCAAGAGGGCGUGGAUGAUGGCCGACGACGACGACGACCUGGCUGAAGAUUCGGGGGCCGACCUCAUCAUCCAGCAGGUGGAUGACAGUGACGAAGAGCUGCAGUGAAACGGGGGUUUUGCAGAAGCAUGUGUGUCAAAGCCAUGGACGAGAUCUUGCACAUCAAAGAUCUAUAGACCUUAGUAUUCUUUUAAUAUACCAGUUCCUCCACUCAAUGUCAACAAGAUUUUGACAAAAAUAUGGCUUUUUAAAAGCUUCAUAUGCAGUAUCCAAAGUGGGAGCGUUCCCUUGUUACGUCGUUAUUUAACAAUUUUCAGAAAUAUAUGCAUGAGAACAAUGAUUUCUCUACUUGCUUGGAUCUCCUUAAUGAACUAAGUGGAACCUCAUGUGGUAUGGAAGCUCGCCGCACUAUUGUGUCAAAUGACUAAUUUAUUCCUCUUUUUGUUUGAUUUGAUUUU